AUGGUGGAGCACAAAUGUCCUAAAGGCGACUCUUGGAACGAAGCCAGGUUAGAAAGGGUAAAUGGUCUGCUGAAGAGCUCACAAGAAGAUGGUGUUUCUGCAUUUGGUUUUUCUGCAUUGAUUAGCUUUAUUGUUCGUAUUUCUGUUUUUUUGAUUUGGGGUAUUUUUCUAUGUACAGCUUUGGAAGUUCAGGUCAAAGUUGGCAGUAAAGGUCAAAGUGAGUGUAUGAGGUCUAAUGUCAAAGAUGGUGGUUGGGGUCAAAGGCCAGGGUGCUCAAUAGUGGCUUUUACUAUUGAGUUAAUACACAAUAGUUGGGAUACCAUUCCCGUGGAGGGUUUCAAGUAUAGUACUUGUCUUUAG